CAUAUACUGAGUAACAAGGUACCAGACUACCAGUCUAUGUCGAUUGUCGAGUUGAUCUGACUUCGCGCCAUUUUGUGUGUUAAUAGUCGGGGAACAACGAUCUGAAUUAGAUAUCUUCUUCGAUUUUCUACAGCUUUCGAGGUGAUCUUUAUACGGUAGUUGUUGGGAAAUCUCAUUAAUAUUUAUAAGAGUUUUAAUAUUCAAAUUGAGCUAUGGAAUACGAAAGAAGCAGCGACGGCGGGAAUGGUAAUGGUCAAGGUCGAUUGAUCAUUGACGAAGAAAAGCUUGCCAUUUUAAAGUCUUUCUUCACAAGCAGAAAUAUGGACUCAACCAAGAAGCAGAACCUCGCUGUUAUAAAAGAAUGUGCAAACCAAACAAUGCUCACAGAACAACAAGUGAAGCACUGGAUAAGUAAUUAUAGGGCAAAAACGAGUGGACGGAUAUCAGGAAAAGUAGGAAAAAGCAGAUUAAUGAGAAAAAGAUCUGGCUUUAAUGUAUUUGCCAGUGAGAACCUAUUCAAAGAAAGCAGUGGAUCUUCCUCUAAUGCCUUCAAAAACAUUGGUGACAAAUGGAGAACCCUUUCAGAUGAACAAAAAGACACCUUUAGAAGAAAAGCAUUGGAAUCAGAUAAAGAUGUUUGCCUUCCUUCCAACAAUGCCAAGGCUAAAAAAAUAAUAAACAAUAUGAUGAAAGAGGUUCAAGAAUUGGAAGCUUUAGGAGGCCACUGUUUAUUGAUCUGCGGCUUUGAAGGCCAUGUUUUCCAUGGCUCAACAGAUGUCGGCAUAAGAUGUUGA